AUGCAAAGAAGCAGCCUGACCACCCACCCUGACAAAUGCCUGAGGCCCUCAUGCAGACUGCAAACAUCACUGCUCACCACAGACCACGGGAGCAGGAGGUCUGUUUCUUGUUACUUGCCACCCUACAAUACCUACCCUCAUGUGUGCACAGAUCCAGAAUGCUUAGGAUUUUUCUCUUGUUGCAACAUCGGAGCGGAGCUGUACAUCACCUCGGACACCCACUUCUGUAAACCAAGAACAAAGGAUCAACUUUCUUCUAGGUCUCAACUGAAUACUGUAAGGCUAAUGUGCUCCAACUCCUUUAGGGAGUAG